AUGCCGCCGCGCCCGGGUCCGUCACGACGGCUGCACGUGCGAGGCGCGGUGGCGGGGUGGUUGCGUGAGGUUCGACCGGGCGAGAAAGUCCGCGUCGCCUAUGUGGAUGACGACGUGGACCACGAGCGCGUGCUUGUCUGGCCGGUGUCGGAGGCGUUGUGGUACGUGAUAUCGCCAGAUCGGGAUGUCUGGGUCGAGGACCUGACAGCGGCGGAUCACGCCACGGGGCCCUGCCGCUGUUGGCCGCUCGCGGGUGGUGUCCACCGCGCGGCGCCGCAGCGGCUGUGCGGCUUUAAGGAGCGGUCGGACGCCGAUGAGCUGGGCGCGCGGAUGACCGAGUGCCGUCGCACCGCGUCGUUGGAGCCGGGCUUCGUGGCGAGGCCGCUUCCGACCGAGGCCGAGAUCGGCGGGGCGCUCCGUGUGCUGGACUGCGGGGCCGGUGGGGUUAGCGUCAUGGGGACGCUCUCGCCUCGGGUUGGUGGGGUCUGGAUGCUGUGCGAACCGCUGGGCCUGGCGAAGAUCGGCGAGGUGAUCGAGCUGACAGAGCUGGUUCACGUCUGGGGCGAUCAGGCGCUGAUCCAGGGCUCGGAUGGGUACGGCCGUGCGAGGCUCGUGGGCCCGAGCGACGUGGAGGCGCUUGCGGAGGGGCGACGCCAGCUGCUGCGAGACGCGCCUGAACUACCAGCGAUCGCGGCCGCCGGGGCCAGCGAGGCCGCGCCCUGGCGCAGCGAUCGGACGCUGGCGCUGCCGGCUCCGUCGCGCGCGCCGCCCCCCAAGGCCGGAGGCAACGGCGCGGGGGCUCGGCCGGCGGCUGCGGUGCCCGAUGACGUGCGGACUCUGUGGAUCGACGUGGACGCGCACGGGGGGCGCUUCAAGACGUGGAGGGAUAUCGUCCGCGAGUCGUCGACCGAGGUGUGCGACGACGCGCCGCUCGAGGGUCCGUGCGCGGUGUUGCACCUGCUGAAGCGCAUGGAGCGGUUCGGGGGUGACCCGAGGAACUGGCUUGAUCAGUGGUGCUUGGAGCGCCGCAUCGGGAAGUCGGACCGCGCCUUUCACGAGCUGGAGACGCUCGUGGAGGCGCUGAUGAUCGGCGGAAGCUUUGAUCAGCUCAACAUGUCUUCCCUGGUCAGCUUCGAGAAAAUCUGUCGGCGUGUGCAGCCCAUCAUCGACGCGCGCGCCGAGCCGGGUGCAGCUCCCUCAUGGCGGAUGGCCCGAUACUUCAAUGGGGUUACCACGCAGGCCGACGCGGUGGGCCCAUCGCUGCGCAUCUACGGGGUGCGCUGGGCGAGGGAGGAGAACGAGGCGAGCUCCGCCCGUGUUCGGGCGCUGACGACCGGCUUUGCCCCGGGCAGCCGCGAAGAGGAGCAG